UUUAGUGAGGCGCCACACAGCAGUCAACGAGCAGCUGUUCACGUGUGCCUCAGACUGGUUACCUCCCUUGAUAGUUUGUAUUACAGGAGGACAAGAGGUAGUGUACUGUAUGAUGGAGACUGAACACAAAAAGGGUGUGGGAGGAGUUAAAGACUCGCCCGUGAAGAGUACACUGAUGUUUCAUUGGGAUGAGCUGUCAUCAAACCUCAUGCAAGCCUUGCAGGGUAUGGGUGUGAGUCAUAAAGGAACUUGCUGUGGUCCCCAGCCUGAGGUUCACAUUCGUAUUGGUGAGGAGAUGACCGUACACGCUACACUGCUGGCGGCGCUCAGUUCUUCCUGGAGGGAAUAUCUAAAUACGGUGAUGAAUCAGGAUACCCAAGUUAUUCACUACCUUCUCCUGGGUUUUCAAGCAUCACCAGAACUGGUUUCUACUGUGAAGUCUCUUAUAUACUGUGGAUCUGCAACAUCACCUUUCCCAUUGUUAAAGGAGGUGAUGGCGGUGGUGAGAGCUCUGGACCUGGAUAAUACACAGUAUAUCCACUCAAGUUAUAAGAACAAUGUCCACACACUAUAUUGGAAAGGUUAUGAGAAGAUGUUAAUAAAAGCAUUUCAGUUUAUGUGUUCUUAUCAGCUGUGUACUGAUGUCUCUCUCCUGGUAGACAAACACAUCAUCAGAGCUCACAAGCUCAUCCUCAGUGCUUGUAGUUCAGUUCUUCAAGAGACAUUCCAGGAGAAUGGCAGAAUUGGAAUGAUACACCUGCCAAGUGUUAACAUGAUGAACGCCCAGAAUCUUAUUACUUACAUGUAUUAUGGUGAAGCUACUGUCAUGGAGUCUCAUCUUCUAGCUUUCCAUAAGCUUUGCUCCUCACUGGAGGUCAAGAGUCUGAUGAAAGCCACCAAACGAUAUAUCCAUCAAGAAUCUCAAAUGGAGAGUGAAGAACAGUUUGAUUACCUGAAACUACAAGCUCAUAUAAAGUCGUCGUCAGAGAGUGUGUGGAGCCGACUACGCCAGCUGUAUGAUGGGGAGAAGAAGGCGGAUGUUACAUUUCUAGUUGAGAAAAAGAGAUUGUCGGCACACAAGGCUCUUCUCUGUGCUGCCUCUCCGGUAAUUCACGAUAUAAUUGCACAGGAACCAACAGGUGAGCAUUCCUUGAUUGUAAUGAUAGAUGCAAAUCACAAAUUCAUAGAAGGAUUUUUAGAGAUGGUAUAUAAUGGAUGUUGCUCACUAGUACACAGGUCUGGUACAGUUAUUUGUUCUUACUUUGAUAGAACUGUAUUUCAUAUAGAAUAUUCUCAAGAUAAAAUCCCAAUAAAUACUGAAGCUGAUCAUGUACUGCAAGAGGAAGAAUCAAAACCUCGGCUUCAGUUUCUUAUAAAAGAAGGAUCAAGGUCGGUGACCCAGAGUCCCAGUUCUGUAAUGAUGACAGAGCUGUGUGAGGCCACGGCGUCGACAACAGCAAGAAAAAAUAGAAACUCUCCAGGGAACUGUCCUCAUCUUUUGGCACAUUCUGAGGCUGCCGAUGAAGAGAGUAUUGAAAGUACCAAACUUCAGAAAGAAGAAGACUCAGAAAUGAAAGACUGUACAAUACCAAAGUGGGGUACCAGCAUGGCAGAUACGACUGAAUUAAAACUACGUAGAGACACUUAUGAGAACAGCAAUAACAAUCUGAGUGUAAGAAGACUGGGUACUAAUGUGGAAAGGUCUGUGACAUUAGGUUUGAGGAAGAUUGUUAGUGGCGAAUGUAAUUUAGAAUGUUCUAAACCAUUGGAUGUUAAGAAAGAUAAUAUUGGUGGUGAGAAAAUUAGUAAACAUUUACAAGCUUCAACCAGCAGUGUUGAGUGUGCCAGCAGUGUUGAGAGUGACAGCAGUGGUGUGUGUAGCAGCAGUUGUGGAGGAGCCGUAGAGGACAAGACUUCAGUAAAGAAUAGACGCACCAAGUCUCAAAGAGUUUACUCUUCACCUGAAACUCUCAAACGCCAUCACCAUCAAGUCAAUCUGAAAAUACCUCAAGAUGAUGUUUAUUCUAAAGAGAGCUCUGGACGCUGUACCAAGACAUCACAGAGAACUUCUGACGUCCGAGAACACGAAGAGGAUCUGCCGUACAAUUAUGAACACGGUGACAAAUCGUUUGCUGAACAAAGAUCAAUGGCCCAACUCUUUAAGUCACGUGUGGUCAAACGAAAGAAGGUGACAUGCAAGCUCUGUGGGAAGACUAAUUCUCGCAGAGAUCUGUGGAAGCACGUGAAGACCCACAGGAGAAGCUGCCCGUGUCCACGUUGUCCGAAGAUAUUCUCCCCCAAGAAGUUCUUAGAUGAUCAUGGGAAGGCAGAACACAGUGGAGUGGUGCAUCACACAUGCAAAAUCUGCUCAGAAACAUUUACAAGCUAUUCCCGUCUGCUGCACCACAUGUUCCAAAUACAUCUGGUCAGAGAAACAAUGGAGUAUGCCUGCAGUAAGUGUGAGUUAGUCUUCAAGACAGAGAAACUCCUCCUGGCUCACAUGCAGUCUCUUCAUCACAUAGUACCAGUCAAGACGUACAAGUGUAGUAUUUGUAAUAUAGCGUUUCGCGACCGCCGAGCUUUGUUGAAGCACAAUAGGACGCUUCACAAGCACGAAAAGCCAUUCACUUGUUCUGGAUGCGACAAACAGUUCAAAAGUUCAAAGACUAUGAAGAGUCAUGAACGCAAGUGUCAACAGUCAGCACCAUCCCAGCCUGCUGAGUGUGAGAGAGGGACCCAGGUGACGCAGCCUUUCACACCGCCUCCUGCUCCUGCCAACUUAUGUGUACAUUGUGGCCAGAGCUUUUCAGAUGAGGAAACAAUGGAACAACACAGUAAGACAGUUCACAACUUAACCACGGUGAGUUUUGAAGAAAAGGAGGAAUGUGUCCGGGGAGACAAGGAAGGAGCUGCAGAUCACAAUAUCUUGAGGAAUCCUGAAAAUAAUGACAAACUAUAUUAUUGUCCUGACUGUGGGGAAAGAUUUUCAGAUAUUGCCUCCCUCAGCAGACAUGCUGUUGAACAAAACCAUGCUGGUGUGUCUGAGUCAUGUUGGAUAUGUGGGCUGUGUAAUAGUGCCUUCUUAGAGGAGCAUCAGUUGACCAAACACAUGGUCACACACAAAGUUCAUUUCAUAAGUAAUUUGUUACCAUCAGAUUCUUCAAGACAAGUCAAUGAGCAGCUUGUGUGUGUAAACAAGAGACAAAGGAAAAAUAAUUACAAUACUAUAGGUUCAGUUGACCUCCAGUUCAGUAAAAACUUAGAGCACAGUCAAAAGUUUGUAAAUGAAGAAAAAUGUCCAGAGGAAAAGUAUAAAGCGAUGACUUCACAGCCAUCACGAGUUGCCCCCGUAAUGGUAGACACCGGGUGGCUGAAACAGUCAUCAACCGUAACUUCCACGGACUUGGUGAAUAACUCGGACUUAAACGUAACGUCCAACACUGGGAGUUGUGCAGUCUCAGUCCCCAGUUUAACUCAUGCGUGUGAAAUGCAGAGUACUACCCAGGUAGUUGCAGUAACUUUACAAGAGGAAAAAAAUAAACAUCAUCAAGAGUAAAGCUUACCAGUUACAUUAUCUUCAGUGGAAAGUGUGUGUCUCUGAAUGACAGUGUUGCAUUGAAUGCUGGGCCAGGUCAGCUGCUUCAGCCCUGAACACUUGUGUAUCAUCAGGUAAUGAUGUGAGUCAAAGAGGAUCAUUAGAUGUGGUUGGUGAUGCCUGGGAUGUUGCUGGUACUUUGACCAACAUGAAGUCUUUAAGUUCUUCUUUUAAUAACUAUUAAUCGGUACACAAGUACGGUAAUAUCUCCAUUGGCCGGAACUCUCCAAUACCCGGAAUUGAGAUUGGCUCAGAAUCUUUCCUGAAAAAUUCUCUCAAUUCUGGGUCUGGAAGCAGAUUUUGAGGAUGAAAUGCUGUAAUGCGCAAUUUCCAGAAAAUUCCGAGAAACUUUUCCCAGUACCUGUAAACAUUCUGGGAAUGUGGGAUUUUUCAGGGUUUGAGAGUUCUCUCGUUACCCGGAUAUCUCUCGUCCCCAGAAGAGCUCUGCACCAAUUAUUCCGGCUAACGGUUAUAUCACUAUACAGUACAGUAAUCUCUGAUUAUUCACGUACAGUCAUGCGCAGGUUAA